AUGCAGCUUCCCAACUCUGCUGCGAAGUUGCUGUCGCUGGCUAUCCUGGUGGUGCCAGCUGUCACGGCGCUUGACUGCGUUAAGGAAGUCGACCACAAGAAGGAGUACACAAGCAACGGCAAGGUCUACAAGCUUUACUGCAAUAGCGAGAUCAAACCGCUUACGCCUGCGGAACGUACCAGCAACGUUGCGACUGCUGAAGAAUGUGCCGAUCUUUGCGCUCAGAAAAGCGACUGUCGCCAUGCUUUCUACUCUGCAAAGAGUAAGAUUUGCUUUUUGAGGCCCCCACAGACCUCAAUAAGGGAGAAGUUCUUCCAAAACAUGGUUGCCAGUGUUGGUAAUACUUGGGGCUGGAUUUAUGAUCGCGACGUACCAGCCAACACUGGCAAUCCUGGGAGCAACCCCGGGAGCAACCCAGGAAGCAACCCAGGUAGUGGCACUGGAAGCAACCCAGGUAGUGGCACUGGAAGCAACCCAGGUAGUGGCACUGGAAGCAAUCCCGGAAGCGGCACUGGAAGCAACCCAGGAAGUGGUACUGGACCUACUACUCCCCCGGGCUCGUCUGGCAAUCAAGCAGAAUACGACUGCACGAACAAUCAAGACCAUAAGAAACUGUUUUCUAUCAAUGGAAGAACCUUCGAGCUACUUUGCGGAUAUGGCAACCAUCAUACAGGCUACCAGACGAUCCCAAACGUCAACUCCUUGAGAGCUUGCGCUGAAAAGUGCGCUCUUGAUGCGAGCUGCGGAAAUGCCGAGUAUCACACCUCUAGCGGCGCUUGUGAGCUCGAGCCAGACAAUAAUCCCGUCCUUGCCCCCGGCUACCAUCUCUGGGUCCCCAAGUUCUGCCCAGAUACGCCCCGAGCUCAGAACGCGGUCACCAACCCUCCGCAGACAACUGAUCUCAGCUGCCCAAUGAAUGAUGGACAUAUCUACGAAGGAGUAGACGGCACUUGGUAUUACAUACAGUGUUGUUCCGACUCUAGUGCCGCUGUGGUCACAGGCUUCGCGCAGGCCCAAAACCACAAGGACUGUCUCGAUAAGUGUUCUCUUGAUGAGAAGUGUUCCAGUGUCUCCUUUGAUACUGCUGCUGUGAACAACUGCAAGUUCUAUGGACCUGGAAACUACUCUACUGUUCACAAGCCUGGCAUUCACCACCACUACGCUACCAGCCCGCCCACAUCGGCGCCCGACCACUUUGGGUCAAAGAGAUGUUCCACAGAGUGCCCGGAGGCGGAUGGACAGAUCUUUGCAAGUCCCUCCGGAGAGAACUUCGUCAUGUCCUGCAAAAAGCGUCAUGGUACCACGUACCUCAAAGCCGUCCCAGACCAGUACCCGUCGUUCGCAUCAUGCAUGACAGCAUGUGGCGCCCUGCCCGCUUGCCAGAGUGUUGACUACGAGGCCAAGACACAGAACUGCUACUUCAGCACCAACUCCAAGUCGCCCACCAUUGCGGCUAAAGCCUUUAUGAGCGCCCACUCUGCAGGGUGCUCCGGCGCGUGCGCAGGAUGUUCUGAUGAAAGCUGCAAAGACCUCAGGAAAGGGCCUCUCGGUCCUAGAAAGUAUGGCUGCCCCGCCAACCAUGGCAAGCCUAUUACGGUCAAGGGCGUAGAUUUCCAGGUGGCCUGUCAGCAUGCCAUCAACAGCCAUCCAUACAACCAAGUCACCGCGGGGAGCUAUGAAGAGUGCAUUGAGCUUUGCACUGACAAGGCCGACUGUGGUGGCGUGAAUUGGAUCGGCACGACGUGUUACCACCACCCCGACAACAACGCUGAUGGCAGUUCCGCAUUUGUCCAUCAACGUGCUGACUCGGACGCUUACGUCAAGAUCCCUGGACAUUUGUACACUUCCCUAUCCCAGUCGCCUUGA